AGAUUUCAAAGAUUUCAUUUCUUCCUCCCACCACAAAUUUGUAUUUUAGGUUUGGUCAAGGUCUUCCAAGUAUGGAAACCAUAGUGUUUGAAAAAUGUCAACUUCAAUCAACCGACACAUAAGCACACCAAGCCACGCCUUGUCUAAUCCACGGUCACCAGGGGGAGGGGCUACGAAGGAAGAAGAAGCGGGCGCGUCCCUUGGGAUUCUCAGGCGGCCGAGAGCCUAUAUAUAUUAUUCACUUUUCGAUUUAGAAAAUUCAUUUUACUUCUCUCGUUCUCAAUUUUUGAGUGUGUGAGUUCAAACGUCAAGAUGCGCUUCAUACUCGGACUUCUUAUCGCGAUUGUUGCUUUUGUUGCAAGCUCCCCAAUCCACGGAAUCUGGAACAAUCUACCAGCUCCUCCACAAAAACGUGUCUAUGGAUUCUACAACUACUUACCAAAAGAGGAAGAUGACCGUGACAAGAGAAACACCAUAUUGCUCCUGACCCCAAACGAGGACUACGUCGAAUAAAUCAACUGGAAAAUUGGACUGCUUGACAUAAUUCCAUCUUAAUUAUCAUAAUACACUUUUGAUGAAUCUGUGAAUGAAUUGACUUUUUUUUAAAAAAGAAACAACGCAUU